CCCAAGCGCUUCCAUUCCUUCUCUGCAGCUAUCUGGAAGUAAAAACUUCCCAAAAACUUGGAGUUUUGAAAACUCGAUCCUAGAAGUUCUCACUUCAUUGUGGUAAAUCAUGAAGAGAACAAGAAGAUGAAUCCAAAUGGUCAAAAUCUUAGAUUUCUACUGGAGAAAUCUCUAACCCUGAAGCAACUCAAACAAGUUCACGCACCCAUUAUAUCCAAUGGCCUCCACCACCUCCAAAUCCUCCUGCUCCGCCAAGUCCUCCACUCAGAUUUCACCUUCUCUGCAGCUACAGCCCGCUACGUGCACCUAAUCCUUCACAAUCUCAAAAACCCAGAUGCAUUUUCAUGGAGCUGCGCCAUUCGUUACUUCUCUCUGCAUUCCCAGUACGAAACGGCUUUCUCUCUUUACCUUAAGAUAAAAAGGCUCGGACUUUGCCCAUCUAGUUUUGCUGUGUCCUCUGCUCUGAGGGCGUGUGCAAGGAUUUUGAAUGAAUUGGGUGGGAUAUUGAUCCAUGCCCAGGUUUAUAAAUUUGGGUUUUGUGGGUGUGUUGUACAAACUGCGCUCGUUGAUUUUUAUUCGAAACUCGGUGACAUGAAAACUGCACGGAAGGUGUUUGAUGGAAUGCCUGAGAAGAAUGUUGUUUCUUGGAAUUCUGUUUUGUCCGGGUAUAUGAAAUCUGGGGAUAUGGAGGAGGCUCAGGAGGUGUUUGAUGAGAUUCCAAAUAAGGAUGUUGUGUCUUGGAAUUCCAUGGUUUCGGGGUAUGCGAGGAUGGGAAAUAUGGACAAGGCAUAUUUCUUGUUUCAACAAAUUCCACAGAGGAGUUUGGCUUCUUGGAAUGCAAUGAUUAGUGGUUAUGUGGAAUGUGAAAGAGUGGAAUCGGCUAGAGUCAUUUUUGAUGCCAUGCCGUUAAGAAAUAAUGUUUCUUGGAUCACGAUGAUUAGCGGGUACUCAAAAUGCGGCAAUGUUGAGUCCGCUCGUCAACUCUUUGAUCAGAUGAGUGAAAGAGAUGUGCUCUUGUUCAAUGCCAUGAUAGCUUGCUAUGCACAAAAUAGCCAACCAAAGGAGGCCAUUGAACUGUUCAACCAGAUGCUUAAACUGGAAGUGAAUAUUCAACCAAAUGAGAUGACUUUGGCUAGUGUUAUAUCUGCUAGUUCUCAACUGGGAGAUAUGAAAUUUGGGUUGUGGGCUGAGUUCUAUAUGAGUGAGCACGGAAUUGAAUUAGAUGAUCAUUUGGCUACCGCUUUAGUUGAUUUGUACACAAAAUGUGGAGACAUUGAUAGGGCAUAUAAGUUGUUUCACGGCUUGAAAAAGAGAGAUGUAGUUGCAUAUUCUGCAAUGAUCUUGGGAUGCGGCAUAAAUGGUAAGGCAGUCGAAGCAACCAAGUUGUUUGAAGAGAUGGUAAAUGCCGACAUUUGCCCCAAUGUGGUAACAUACACUGGACUGCUAACUGCCUAUAAGCAUGCCGGUCUAGUUGAAGAAGGCUACCGAUGCUUUAAUUCCAUGAACGAACAUGGACUUGAGCCAUCGGGCGAUCAUUAUGGAAUCAUGGUCGACCUUUUAGGCAGAGCAGGACAGUUGGACAAAGCAGUUGAGCUAAUAAGAAGCAUGCCAAUGCAGCCUCAAGCGGGGGUUUGGGGAGCUUUGCUUCUUGCUUGCUCAUUACACAACAAUGUUGAGCUUGGGGAGACUGCUGCUCGGAAUUGUUUUAAGUUGGAGCCUGAUAAAAGCGGUUAUUACGCUCUUCUUGCCAACAUUUAUGCUUCUGCUGCGAGAUGGGACGAUGAGAGGAGAUUGAGAAAGGUCAUGGAGAAGAAGGGGUUCGCCAAGAUUCCAGGCUGUAGCUGGAUGGAUUCCAUGUGAGCAAAUGUGCAACUACAAAAUCACGAGUGUAACAUGUAACAUGCACAUCCAUGAUUUGGGAUGGUUUUGUUUUUUUUUUCUUUUUUUUGGCCAAAAUAGUUGGAAUAGCAUCCUAUCCGGAUUCCCUUUGUAAGAA